AUGGCCAAGAAUUCCAUUCACGUUGAACCGCCGCUCGUCGAGUUCAAGGACGUGGAAGUGGGCAAGCUCUACACGACUGUCAUCACUGCCACUAAUGUUGGCAGAAUCACGAGGGAAAUAUUCUUUGAAAAUCCCAAGUUAAAGGUGUUUAAGUUCUCAGCACCCAGAGUUGCCAAGAAUAUACCGCCUGGUUUGUCUGUAAGCGGCACACUGGAGUUCAUCCCCGUGGAAGAGGAGAAGGUCACAGACUACAUUUAUGUUCAUAUAGAUGCAACGGAAGCCAUUGAAGUCCCACUGCAGAUUUCUCCUCGGGCUUGCUCCCUAUCCAUGGACUCGGAAUUGGACUUUGGCUUUCUUCCUGCCAGCAGACAGAUCUUCAGAAGAUACAUUCCUAUUACCAAUCAAGGAUCAGCAUCAGGUGUGUUCCAGGUGCUGCACAAUGGAGACUGUUUGGUCCGACUUUCUCCUUGCAGUGGAGUUGUAGCACCUGGCGCUACCAAGCGGUUGACAGUCGAACUGCAUGCCGAUAAACCAAGACAAGUUGAUGAAAAGGCCCUGGUCAGGCUUCAGAGUUUCUCCACUGUGAUUCUCAAGAUCAGAGCUCAAGUGGUUGAACAGCAUCUUGAGCUCUCGGACGUACAAGGGAACCCCUUGUCUCGUCUGUGUUUCGGACCAGUCUACUAUGGGACGUCCCGCGUGGAGCGUGUGGUCUUGACAAACAAUGGGCCUCAAGCAUGCGACUGGGUCAGCUUACUUAAGGGUUCUGCUGCUGGGACCGAAAGUGGAGCAAAUCUUGACAAGAGCACAGACUUCGCUUUGCUGCCCAAAAUGCAGCGGUGCAACCCAACCCCCCGCUGCCCAUGUCCGGUGGUGAAGUGUAUUCCCAAUCAAGGCAGACUGGGAGCAUAUAAGAAAACUACUGUAACAGUACGCUUCAGCCCUGUUUUCCAUAGAUUACAGGUGAAGCCUCAAGGCCAAGCCAGUCGGCAGGACUACUGUCUUUUUCUACACCUGGACUCAGUUAGAAGCCAACAUGGAUUUGCUCACCAAAAUGGUAAAACCACUAUCGAGUUGGCGGUUACGGGCACCGGAUUGCCUGUGGAUCUGCAUCCGAGUCCCUCCAAUAAAUUUGACUUUCCCACUUGCGAUGUGGGCCAGCGUGUGGAACACCUUUGCGUGCUGCAGAAUCUCUGUCUGCAUCUUCCCAUACACUUCCGCUUCCGAAAGUUGGCGCUAUUUGGCGCUCAGCCUUCCUGCGGCACUAUUGCCCCUGGACUGUGUCAGGAAAUAGUUUUGUUUUUCAAUGCGCGGCAGCAGGGGACAUUCCAAAAGUGCCAGAAACUUGAUGUUUUGGGUUACGUCGCGCGCCAGAAGGCUAAUGACCCCAGCGAGGAUGAUGCUAAACUAAGGCUUGGCAGCUUUUACACCAUUCCACUACACCUAUCAGCCAUCUGCAAAAUUGAGAAAACACAUCCUUCACCUAAAUUAAAUCCUGGUAUUACACCAGAGGUGAGCAAUCCCACAGGUUUACGUCCUCACGUCCCAUCCAGUGAAUUGGGCUGCUGCUAUGGAAUGGCGCGCGCUGCUGUGGUCAGCGCUCGUAAGACAAACUUCCACAUGCAGGACAGGAAGAAUGGUCGAAGGUUCGCUGACGAGGAGUUUCUGGCUUUGCCAAACGACCGAAUCAGUAGCGUCAGACCGGCCUCACCUUACACCCAAUAUAGGACUAUCUUCACCGGAGUACAGCGAUACACCUAUUUGGAUCCAGACUAUAGCUUCACUCGGGAGGAGAUGGAGAAAAAACGUCUGCAUAAACAAAGAUACACUGACUUCAUCGGGCAGCUCAGACAAACACGCCUGCAGAAGAUCAAGACAAAACUUGAAGAGCAAGCGGACAAGUUUGGGAUUAUACCUGCACAAGGGCUUGAGUCACCUAAACUUGUCCUGCACGACGUGAAGCCUAAUCAGAAGUCAAGUAGCAGGCUGAAGUAUUCUUCCUGUAGACAGCCCAAGAGCAAGACCCCCACGGCCAGACAGGUCAGCAGCAUGCUUCACAGACUAGUCAAUCCAAUACCAGCUACUCACCAGGAGAUGACAGACUGUGACAAGACUUUGACACCUCAGGAGCUUUACCAGGUUAUCAUAGGCCCAAAAUUCGUGGACUUCGGCGAAGUGUGUUUCCAUUCGGUGUGUGAGCAGAAAGUGGAGCUGAUCAAUCCCCUGUCAACGUUUGUGCUGGUUCAGUUUGAAGUGGACUGCUUUGAGCUGCAGGGCUCAUGUCCUCUGUCUCACGUGCUGCCACCGAUUUCCCACAACGCAGUCACCCUCACGUUUCAAAGCAGCAAGCUGGGUCAAUUCUACAGACCUGUGUCUUACACAGUGAAUCAGCAACAUCCUGGACAGAUUCUGGUCAAGGCUCAAGUCGUACGAAACUACUUGCAAUUGUCCACCCACCUGCUGACGCUUACUCCCAACGCAAACUGGCUUGCCUCAUCGGGCUACCGAAGCUCAGUUACUAUUCGAAACCCACGUAAUCAGCCUGCAGAAUUCACAUGGUGGCCCAUCGUUCCAGAGUGUGGCAUCCUGUUCUCUAUUCGACCAGCCACAGGUACAGUGGAGCCCUACAAAGAAAUGGAUUGUGAGGUGGUGUGGCAUGCCUCGUUCUCAUCACCUCUAGAAGGCGACUUUGACCUCUAUUGCACCGAUGGCAACGUACAACGGCUACACUGCAUUGCCAAGCUUGGCUCCACUUGCAUCCGACUAGCAGAGAACAGGUUGAUGUUUGAGUCUGUGCCUCUCAACAUGCCCUCAGUCAGAACGAUGAUCGUACACAAUAAUGGCCACAACCACGCCUAUUAUCGAGUGCUUGAUGUGUGCCCUCUGCCGUGCUUGGUGGUCAUCCCGUGCGAGGGAGUGGUGCCCAGCCGAGGGAAGGCUGUCUUAAAGAUCCACUUCCACCCUGACUCCGUCAUCAGAUUUGAAACCAGAGUUUCCAUAGCUGUGAAGAACACGAAGCCCAUUGAGGUGCGAGUCGGUGGGUCCGUGGAGCCUCCUAAUGUUGACAUCAGUGUGUCCCUCUUCCAUUUCUACGGUGUCCAUACUGGUUCUGAGAGAGCGGUACCUUUUGAAGUGAUCAAUCACUCAGCAGCUACAGCUCGGCUCACCUUCAACCUGUCACAAUAUCCAGACUUCUCUCUACAGGUUCCUCAGCCUGCUUCACAGAAUUAUUCAGUUGUGAGGGUACUGGAGGCACGGGGACGCCAGACAGUCAAGUGCUAUCUUGUCUUCUCCCCAACCCAGUCAGCUGACUAUGACUUUGAACUGCCGUUGAUGGUUAACGGAAUGAGAUGGCCUGUUCCUUCUCCACCACCUUCCCUGACGUCCGGCUCACCCCAUUUUUCAUCUAGCAGCAAGUGUGUUAUGAAAGUGAUUCCCUGGUCUAUCAACAUGGCAAUGCAACAACCACGCAUACAAGCCACAGGGGGCAUUCAUAUGCUGAAGACAGUGGAGCUCAAAGCAGCAUGCGAGCAGAGCGUCUAUUGGCGCAGUACCCGAAAGGAAAGCGUGCACUGGCGGUUCAGGCGUAGCGACACAACACCGCCAGAGGGUAGAGGAGAGGGCGAGCUACAUUUGUCUGUGUCUCCAUCAUCUGGUUGUCUGGGGCCUGGUCAGUCCAUCUGCUUGGCAAUCGGGAUCACGCCACAGGCGUUCAGAACAUGUGAGAAGGUGACCAGACUUUCCCUCUCACUUUACCUGGGAGAGAAAGAAGGGGGCAAGAUGGGGCAUCCAUUCAAAAAGCUUCCUAUCACUGUGAUCCACCAAGUUCCCAGUAUAACCAUCACCCCCCCUUAUUUGUUCCUGACCCCAGUACCCUUGGAAAGCAGCAUAUCAGCCAAACUUACCCUGGUUGCUUCAGAAUACAUCAGUGGAACCACUUUAACAGCUGAGAUAGAUGAGGUGGAUCUGGAGGACGGAACUAAGGUGCAGCCAUUCUGUAUCUCCUUCCCAGAAGGUAACAUCAUCCCCCUCCAAGACCAGGCAGCAAGUGUGAACUCACUGACCUGUCGAGUGUCUUUUUUUUCUGCGGUGACUCUGUCCAUUCGCACAAGCAUUACCUUCACUGACCACCUAAACAACAGAUUCAAGGUCAGGUUAUGUGCCACAAGUGACAAUUGUUUGUUGACUGUGUGGCCCCAAAUGGCUCUUCAACGCUCCAGGCAACAAAUAGUUCUCAGGGCUGACUCCUUUGAACAAAGCGACAGUGGGAGUCAGAGCAGCAGCCAAAGUUUACCGAACACAGAGACCCCGCAGUCUGACAUCGCUGUGCCACUGUUCCCUGCUGCAACAUCAACGGAGGGCCAAUAUUUCCAGCAUGUUUUACUCGCAUUGGAGAGGUGGUUUAGCUUCUUUGGCUGGGUGACUGGGCCACACCCCAUCACGAUACCAGUCACACUCAGAAGAAUUGUGUCAGAAGAUGAAGUCAAUAAUCCUGACGGCCAGACACAGGGAGUCAGCCAAAAAAAAGACCCCAGGUCUGCAGUGGAGAUGAUUCAUCAUCUGGCGGGCAGACAGAUUCCCAACAUUUCUCACUGUCAGACAUUUUCCACAGAUUUGCACCAGCGCACUCUGCAGCUGCUCCAACAACAUGAGGCCAUUUUUGCUUUUCUCAGAGUACAAGGAGCUUGUUUGAGUCACAUCCAAGCUGAAUACCUACUGGAUGUGCUGGAGUUCAAACACUGGUGCACCUUACAGACUGAGAAGAAACAGCCAGGUGUGGACUAUAACACUGUUGACUAUGAGUCUCUGAGCAAACGAUGCUGGACCGAUUUUCUCCUGCAAAUAUACAAGGUCUUGGUGUUGCGCCGCGUGUCAGAGUGCCGUCCCAACCUAACUAAUGAGCAAAAUCAGGAAGAUGAAGGCGGAAUCCUCAGCAUCCACUCACUGCCCAGUAACCUCUACUCUCGCCACGAGCUCCUGGUUCUCUCAUGGCUUAAUUCAAACUAUCGUCACAUGAGGGACAUAGUGUGGACUUCAGGUACUGUCCCGCCAGUACGCUGGAUUGUCAAUUUUGACUUGGACUUAAUGGACGGACUGGUACUUGCUGCGUUGCUGGCUGCCUAUUGCCCAUACCUGGUCUCCAGCCACUUUCAGAGGAUGUACAUCACAAAUCCCAGCAUGGGGCAGAUUCUGCAUAACAACAUCAUUAUUGUCCAGGCCUUAACCAUGCUUUCUCUCAACAUGGAUCUGCAGCCCACAGACUUGUCAGAUCCCAACCCGGUGCAAAUGCUGAUGCUGUGUGUUCAUUUGUAUGAGAGGCUGCCUCAGUACCAGCCUGUAAACACCAUUACUCUCUCUGGAAAACUGCACAGAACUUUGAGCAAGCAGGUGCAUUUGAAAAACCCAUCAACUUCACCGGUCAAAUACCGAACCAUCAUUCUCGGACAAGAUGCCAGCCUGUUCUCCCUGCCCGAUGGCUCUGCUGUCACCAUUCCUCCAAACGCCAGCACUGAUUUGACGGUGCAGUACUCCUGUUCAUUCCUGCAGCCUAAGGAAGCCGUCCUACUGCUCAUCUCUAGUUCAACAUCUGGUCUGCAUGGCGUCACUUUGACGUUCAAAAUCAACACGUGUGUUAGUCAGAUCACACCCACAGAAAGUGUCAAGUGCAAGACUCCUUGCUAUCUUCUAAAACUGAUUAAACUUCCAAUAAUAAACACAUUUAAUACGGAAACUCAAUUCAAGGUGAUGCUGAUAGAGUCGACAGUUAACCCGUUGGAAUCAGAAAAGGAAACCACAAGUCUCAUACAGCAGGCAUCCUUCAAAGUCAAGAAAGGGCUUGGAUGGCAGUUUACCGGUGCACAAUUGCGUGCGAGUGUGAUGCAUGUUUGUGUGUCUUCUGCAGACGGUGAUGGCAGCGAGUUCAUCAGCACAGUGAGCAGUGUUAGUCUGAAGUCCGGCCAGUCUGACAUACUCAACCUCCACUUCCUUCCCUUCUCUCCAGGAGCCAAGUAUUGCGUUGUGUUGCUUAUUUGUCCCCAGGUCGGUGAUAUGGUCUACCUGGUGAAGGCAACUGCAGACUUGCCUCUACCUUCCCCUCUCAGAGUUAGGCACAGUUCAAACAUAUUCACCAUCCCUGGGAACUUGGGCUCGAGUGGCUUUGUGUCAGCCCUGCGCCUGCGCUGCACCGUCGGAAAGACGUGCGAGGAGCACAUCCGCCUACCCCUGAUCAAUUCGUCCUGGGAAAACGCCCUAUCCAUGUGGGCGCAACACAGAAUGACUGCCAUUGAACUCCAGAGACGAAUGCUGACUUUCACUUUGCAUAGCAGCAGUGUGAGGGCAAGCAUGGCAGCAUGCAUGCUUUCUAAAAAGCAGAGCCAAAUGAAAGACGUUGAUUACAAAAACGGGGUAGUGUACAGCAUGGAGGCUUCAUUGCCUCGAUACUUUACUGUACCCAGCAGUGUUACGAUGCCCAUAAAGAAAGAGACCAACAUAUGGAGGAAUCCUACAGAUGACGAUUGUGUGGAGAUCCCCUUGCGGUUCAAGGCGGACACAGUAGGACAGUUCUCAUGUCAGAUCAUUCUGAAGUCCUGCUUUGACACCAGAGUCUACUUGAUGGAGGCGCUGGUCACCUCGCCGAGAGGAUCUGUUCAUUUGGACUUCAGUUCGCCUGCACAGCAUCCAGUCACACAAGAUAUCCCUCUGCAAAAUGAGACCCACCAAGAUUGGACCUUGAAGGCUGAGUUGUGUGGUGAAGGCUUCUUUGGCCCCAAGGUUUUGAUUGUACCAGCCGGAACAAGAGCUUGUUACCCUCUCACUUUUCAUCCAACGACACAAUGCGUUGUCAUGGGGAAGCUGUCUUUGCAUAACAGCCUCAACGGGGUGGAUCAUGUCUUCACUAUUCGAGGAGUGGGUGAGCGCCCCCUGCCUGUGGAGUACCUUGUACUACGAUGUCCUGUGGGCAAGACCACUCACAGACAGCUGAGUGUCCCCAACUACAGUCGGAACGCAGUCUUGCUUCAGGUGGUGACAGACCUAUCUAUUAUCAGUGGCAAUUCAUCCCUAAAAGUUCCACCUGGUCAAAGCACUCUGUACACCUUAGCUGUGUCGCCACGGAAACGAGGAGAGUUAUCAGGUUAUGUAUCAUUUGUUGAGAUUGAUCAGCCGGAUGUGGGAAAUGCUAACAAAGUGAAUACCGUUGGGCACUAUGAGGUGUUCUACACUCUUGAAAUAACUUGUGAACCAGAGGCACCAGUGAACACCUUUAAUGUUCAGUGCACUGUUCAAAGCUCCGUCGCCAUAGAGAUCCCUGUCAGUAACCCGGGAGAAGAGCUCCUCAUGCUCAACGUGGACCUGGGAGGAGAUGAUUUGUGUGGAGCGGACUGGGUUUUCAUCCCCCCACAAGAAACGCUGACCUACAAAGUCACAUUUUCUCCAGUAAAAGUUGGGAAGACCAGAGGCAGCGUGGUGUUCCAGUCUGAACCAGUCGGAGAGUUUUGGUAUCAGUUGGAGCUUUAUGCUAUUCCCUCUGCUGUUGUGACACUACCACAAGCUAGCUGUCCAUUGGGAAAGUGGACUCGCCAGUUCAUUGCGGUGGUCAACCCAACAGCAGAUACAAUCAAGGUGAACGUGACCAACACUAACCCUCGGAACUACACGCUGGAACUGGGCUCGGAGAGCACUCUUACUGUAGAGCCCCACUCUGCCAGCCAACUUGGGGUCCUCUUCACUCCAUCAUCUCUUGGAGAGUGUAACCACGGAGGAAAGAUCACUUUCACAUGCCCUCAGUUGCAGCAAUGGUGUGUGUUGUUGUUUGGCUGGGGUCUCGAACCCAGACGAGAGGAACCUCUGAGCAUCUCUUCUACAGUCGGCGCCAGCGAGUCUUUAACCGUUCGCUUCACAAAUCCCACCGAGCAUCCAGCCACAGUUGGAAUCACACUUACAGAUAAAGAUCCAAGUGCUGCCCCUGACUUUGUUCCUGUGACUCCUGACAAGAAUGUGUUCUCGCUAUCUCUGAGUCAAGUGGAAGGUAUACAGAUUAGUGAGGGGGGAGGUUUGGAUGUGCCGGUUGUGUUUGCACCCAAGUCUAUGGACCCGCAGCAGGCCUGGUUGUGCAUCUCUAUGACGCCCCUCAACAACGUUACGAGCGGAAAAAGGGCAAGGAGGAAGCUGUCGACCAUCUGUUGGAUCUACCCUCUCUGUGGGAUUCCCGUGAAAGCGCCUGUUGAUUACUCACCACUCUGCGUGCUCCAGUGUGAAGUGGGCUGCCAGCUGGAAAAGAGGCUUGAUGUCCAGCUCACUGGAUUAGUGUCAAAUGCUCCAAGUGGACAUGAAGUUUCCGAUGUGGUUGUGGAAGACUUCCAAUGUGAGGUGUGUUUUGAAAGUGAAACCGUGGACUGCCUGACCGCUUCUAUCGAAGCUGGGAAGAGGGACCCCGAGACCGGCGUUGUAACGCUCACCAUCAAUCUGCUCCACAGUCCGGUCGAGCAAUGCAGGUUCUCAGCUAUUCUAGUGGUGCGACAUGCGUCCGGACAAAUAUGGAAGUUUUCCCUCGAUGUCAUGGCCACAGAGCCCCAGGUUGAUGAUGUCAUGGACACAGAUGUAACGGAGUUUGGUCAAACAUCCGCGCUGGGCUUCUACUUGACCAGCACCACUCGGAGGCCGGAGCCCUUUACUGCAACGUUCCUGCAAGGCAGCAGCAGUGAGUUUGCUGUAACUCCAACCUCUGGAAUGUUGCCGCCUGUUGAUUCCAGCGGUGCCCUCAUCAAUGUGUUUUUCACCCCCGCCAUCAAAAAUAAGUGGCACAACGCAAGACUUACCAUCCAGGCAACGGACAUGCUGUGGAAGUAUGACAUCAGAGGUGUGACGCCUCCUCUGAUUGAAACGUCACCUAUCAACGCGGUUCCGGUGCCUAGACCCACCAGAGAACAGCAUCCCAACUUUGUAACAAGGAACCUUCGUAUUCCGGCCCUGGCAAAGUCAUCACCGCUGAAAUUUUGUAAAUAACUCUUCACCUUUUUUGUCAUUACAUGAGGUGUCAAACAUGAUUAAAUAGCACAGGUUUAGUUCAUGUUAACAAGUUUACACAGUUCUCUGAAUUUGCCUCAUCCCCAACAGAGGUACAAAUCAGCUUGAGGAGGAGAGUGGGCUUAAUUAGUACUUUUAUUUAUAGAAAUGAUAAGUGGCCAUUAGUUUAAAGUGUUUAAAUGUGCUACUUUUUCCAUUUUUGUGCUUAAAUAAUAAU